AUGGCUUCUGCAGAGUCUCCAAUCAACGCCAACCACAUCGAUGAUGCUGGCCUUGUCGAUGGCAUGAACGUCCUCAGUGUAGGCGACAGCAGGGAUGAGCAACCCAAGACUGAAGAAGAAUACGCGCAGUCACAGCUCACCCUCCGCGCCAUUGUCUCUACCAAGGAAGCUGGUGUCAUCAUUGGCAAAGCGGGAAAGAAUGUUGCCGACCUUCGCGAGGAGACUGGCGUCAAAGCUGGUGUGAGCAAGGUCGUCCAGGGAGUCCAUGACCGUGUCCUGACUGUCACUGGACCCCUCGCUGGUAUUUCAAAGGCAUACUCGCUUGUUGCCAAAGGCCUUCUGGAAGGUGCGCCUCAGAUGGGCAUGGGUGGUGUCAUUCAAAACAACGGAACCCACCCCAUUCGCCUGUUGAUCUCUCACAACCAAAUGGGCACCAUUAUUGGUCGUCAAGGCCUCAAGAUCAAGCACAUCCAGGAUGCCUCUGGUGUCCGCAUGGUUGCCCAAAAGGAAAUGCUGCCACAAUCCACCGAGCGCAUUGUUGAAGUCCAAGGAACUCCAGAGGGCAUUGACAAGGCCAUUUGGGAGAUUGGAAAAUGCCUCGUUGAUGACUGGCAACGCGGAACUGGCACUGUCCUUUACAACCCAGCAGUCCGAGUUCAAGUUGGCUCUGGUCCUUUGCCCCCUGCCGUUGGCGCGGCCGGCAGCGGUGGUAAUGCAGCACCCACCGGUGGCAGCUAUGGAGGCGGUCGAUCUUACAACCGAACUGGCAACGGUGCUGAUUUCAGCGAGACCAGAACCUACAAUCGCGGUAACGACGGUCCCCGCGGCGGCGGCAUCCCCAUUGUCACGGAAGAUGGCGAAGAGGUUCAGACCCAGAACAUCAGCAUACCCGCCGAUAUGGUCGGCUGCAUCAUUGGCCGGGGUGGAUCCAAGAUCAGCGAAAUUCGAAAGAGUUCGGGGGCACGAAUCUCCAUCGCAAAGGCACCUCAUGAUGACACUGGGGAAAGAAUGUUCACUAUUAUGGGCAGCGCCAGUGCCAAUGAGAGAGCCUUGUACCUGUUGUACGAGAAUUUGGAAGCCGAGAAGGGCCGCCGACAACAGAUCUCCUCCGAGUAA